AUUACAUUAUUUAAAGACUAUUCAAGGGAAAACAUUUAACCAGCAGUCAAUGAUCUGAGCUUUAGGUAAACAACAAAGAAAAUGUCUGAUUCUGAUAAAUAUGUACAAGAUAUAUACCAGUGUGAAAGUUAUGUCUGUGAAAUAUUUUUGGCCAAAUCCAAAUGGAUCACUGCCAAUAUAAGUUGUAUGAAAAUGCUAAACUGUAUAUGAUACAGGCUUUUAAAAUCCUGAUCAAAUGUGCUGGGCUGAUAUCACAGAAUACUACCAAUAUUUCAAACACAGAUCAGAAUAAAGCGGUGAAGAGAUCUAUAAUUUUAGAAGUGAAUAGACCUGAUCAUGAUAAUUUUGUACGUGAGACUUCAAAAGUCUAUAGGUUCCUGAUGGAAUGCUCCAAUAAAUUAGAAAUAAUAGAUAAAGAUGCAGAAAAUAAUACAGCUAUUGGAGAUAGAGGUAGAGAUCUUUUUAAAGUUCUCAGACAUAAGAAAUUGAAACAAUCUGAAAUGCCAGUUGAAUUUGAUUUACAUACAAUAACAUCUGAAUAUACAGAAAGACGACAGGAAAUAUUGCAAGAAUUUAAACAACUUUAUGUAGGUCUGAGUACAAAUUUGAAAUUAUUAUAUUCAUGUAUUGAUAACUGGAAGGAAAGUCACAAAAAGGCCUAUAUUAAAGUUGGUCAUCAAUUUAAUAUAAAUAUCCUAAAAGAUGGAUGUACAGAGGCCUGUAAGGUGAUAUUAAAGAUGAUUGGAUUGUUAAAUAAGGAUCAUUAUCAAAAAAUGACAUCCUUGCCAGAUACAUCAGACAAGCCACAGUUAGACAAAGAAUCAGCCCUACAUGAACAAAUUGGAAAACAAUUGGUAAAAGAUUUUAAAGAAUUAUUUGAAAGAUGUUUUGUUGUUGAGGUUGAACCAACAGAUGUCCAGAAAGUAACAGGAUCUAGUGAAAAGGGAAGUAAGAAAGGAAAAGGGAAAGGUAAAGCAGGUGCUAAAGAUGAAGAAGUCAAAUCUAAUAAAUGUGGUCCUGAAUUUAAUGUUUCUGUCUCAGUUUUAUGUGGACGAGGAUUAGAAUGUAUAUCUGCAGUGAUGAAACAAGUCAAAGCUAAACUAUAUUAUGAAGAAAAUCAAAAACUAGGAGGAUGUGUCAGUGGAGAGUUAAAUGUUCCUCAAGUUUCAGUUGGCAAAGAUGGUAUUGCUGAGUUCAAAAAACAGAAAAUUAUUAAUUUUGAGAGACCUGGCAAAAAUAACAAAUCAGAACAAGUCACAUCAGAAAGAUAUCGUAUUGUAUUUGAAACAGAUUUGUCGAUUCAAAAUCCUAAAAUUACCAUAGAAUUAAAGACUAUGUCUUUACCUAUGGCAAUAAUUACUGGUAGUAAUCAAGCUAAUAGUGCACAUGGGGCUUUAUUAUGGUACUGUUAUAAUACCGAUCCUUAUCUUUUACCCAGUUUACCUGUAUCUAUACCCACUGAAAUAUUUACAGACAUGAUACAAGCCUGUUUUAAAUAUCUAGAUGGUCGUCUAUUAAGAGAGGAUGAAAUAAACUUUCUACUUGUUAAAUUAUUCAAACAAGACAAUAAACAAAUGCAGCCUGUAUUUAGAAAUGAAGUGAAAUUUGAAGAGUUUGAAGGCACUCAUAGAUCGAAAGAGGAUAAAACAAUUCCAUUCUGGAGAGUUAUACAUGGAUUUGUAUCAAGAGAGAGGACUGAUCAGUUAUUACGUAAUGAACCUGAUGGUGUAUUUUUGUUACGCUUCUCUGAAAGUAAGGUUGUUGGUGAUGGACAGAAUAAAAACCUGACUGGAGCAAUAGUAGCAGCUUUCUCUCGUGGAGCAGGAUCUAAACCAAUAUUAAGUAGUCCUCUAACAGUGGAAUCAUAUUUUAAGAAAUAUUCAUUGUAUGCUGUAUUAAGUGGGAUACAAAAUGAAGAGAAAGGCAGACAAUUGUUAAAGAAGUUGUAUGGUACCCAAACUACUAUCAAAGAUUUUAAAGCUCUGUAUCACCAUAGUAAACAUGACAAAAAAGAUAUGGCAACACAAAAUAAAAGUUACCCAAAUUGGAAUGAACAGACUUUAUUGAUGUUGAGUAAAAUUGAGUUGAAAGAUGAUGAAGAUGAUGAUGAUGAUGAUGAUGAUAAUGAUGAUAAUGAUGAGGAUGAAGGUGAUGAAGGUGAUGAUGAUAGUGUGAGUGGAGAAAUUAAAAGAAAGAAACCUAAAAUAAGACAUGAUAGUAUGAAUUCUAUUGCUUAUUCACCAGAAAUACUUAACAACCCAAUUCAGCAACCUGAAACCCCUACUAUGGAUGAAAUGAUAUUACCACUAAAUGCUGUUGAUAAUCUACUGGCAUCAAACAAUCAACACAGUGGUCCCAGUACUUCAAUGUUUUGUAAUUCAUUUACUCCUAUACAAUCAAAUGCAGAAAGUGAAUUUGAAAAUACCAUGUUUUUACCAGAUGGUACUGUAACUGAUGGUGGGGCAAUCAGCUCAUCUGGACAUCUUUAUCAAGUUUCAAGUCCGAAUAACCAAACCUCUCUCAGCUCAUUCCCAAGUCCUGCUCACUCUUUUGUAAUAGGUACUGUACAUAGUGGGAUACCAAGUCCACAAUUUAACUAUGGUGCAACAGCUUGGAGCACAGCAAAUACACAACAUUCAAAUGACAGCAUUCCAAUAACUGCUCAAGAGUUAUCUGCCGAUUUUAUGAGCUUAAGUGGGCCUGAGAAUAUGAGUGACUUGUAA